AUGUGGCUCUUGGCCGUUGUGCAUGUUGUGGGUGAACCCAUUGCGUGUGUGCGCGUGGCGUGGCAGGCAGGAGGAGGGGCGGCACAAGACAGCGCGGCGGACGGCGGAGCUGCUGCGCCUGGUGGUGUCGCAGCAGCGCAUGCCCGCCGCGCACCCCACCGCCGCCCUACUCGACGCCGACGCAUGGUGCAGGACGCAUGGACGCAUGGUGCAGUGAACCUCACCUCGCAACACAGCCCCCCUCCUUGCACCCUCGCGCACUGCCAUUGCUGCUCUCUCCCCACUGCACCGCACCCCAUUCCCUCACUUGCUGCCAGCCUGGAGGAGCACGCGCUGCAUGCUAUAUUAUGGGCCCUCACUCUCCCAACCACCACAACCACCCUCCCCCCUCCCCACCCCACACACCCUCGUGUACUUGAACCCGCCAUGGCGCGGGCAGCGGUGGUGGUGGGCAACGUGGUGCGGCGCGUGAUGCACGCCAUCCGCGAGGAGGACGCCUCGCUGCACCUCGCGCACGCACACGCGCACGCGCACGCGCAGGGGCAAGGACACUCACACGCGGGCCACGCUGCACCAGAUGUGGCCGUGCGGGGGGGAGGGGGCGCGGUGGGGGGCGAGCGGUGGGGCGAGGAGGGCGAGGGCGAGGGGCGGGGGGGAGGGGGGGCGCUGUCAGCGGCGUCGGUGGCGGGGAGCAACCGCAGUGUGCUGCUGGCGCCGUCGCUGCACAACCUGCUCGACCCCGCGCUGCUCCCCGCCACUCCCCCCUCCUCCUCCGCGCCCCUCCCCCCUUCCGCCCGCUCCUCUGAUGGCGCCUCUGCCCCCUCGCCCGCUGCCGCUGCCACUGCUGCUGCUGCCGAGCGGAAGCUAAAGCACGUGGUGAUAGAGCGAAUCAACGACCUGCUGGAGGAGAUUGACAACCACCAGUCGCAGCUCGCCGACCAGGCGCUCGAACACAUCCACCAGAAUGAGGUGAUACUAACGAUGGGUUUCAGCGACACGCUGCUGCUCUUCCUGCUCGAAGCCAGGAAGCGACGCUCCUUCCAUGUGGUGGUGGCGGAGGGCGCCCCCUGCUACGGCGGCCACAAGCUGGCGGCGGCGCUGGCAGCGCGCGGGGUGGCGGUGACGGUGAUAGCGGACGCGGGGGUGUUCGCCCUCAUGGCGCGCGUCAACCUCGUGCUGCUCGCCGCCCACGCCGUCAUGGCCAAUGGGGGGGUGCUCGCUCCCAUUGGGCUGGACAUGGUGGCACUGGCUGCGCGCCGCCACGCCGUGCCCUUCGUGGUGCUCGCCGGCAUCUUCACUAGCUCGUCUGGAUCCUCACGCUCCUGCCCUUGCGUGCGCCGCGCCCCCCACCUGCCGUGGCCCCACCAGGUGUGUCCGCUGUACCCACAGCAGGCGGGGCUGGCGGGGCUCAACGACCUGCGCUCGCCGGCGGGCGUGGUGGGGCUGGCGGAGCUCGCGCACUGGGAGGGCCUCGCGCACCUGGGGGCUGCCCUCACUGCCCAGGGGCGGGGCAGUGGCAAAGCGGGCGCACAGGGGGGUGAGGAGGCGGAGGGGCAGAGGGGGGAGGCGGGGGGGGAGGCGGGGGUGGAGGUGGAGGUGGAGGUAGUGAACCCGGCCUUUGACUACAUCCCCCCGGAGCUUGUUACUCUGCUCGUCACCGACACGUCAGUCGCCCCCCUGCAUGCCGUCUCGCUUCCCUGCAUGCCGUCUCGCUUCCCUGCAUGCCGUCUCGCUUCCCUGCAUGCCGUCUCACUCCCCUGCAUGCCAUCUCGCUUCCCUGCAUGCCGUCUCACUCCCCUGCAUGCCAUCUCGCUUCCCUGCAUGCCGUCUCACUCCCCUGCAUGCCAUCUCGCUUCCCUGCAUGCCGUCUCACUCCCCUGCAUGCCAUCUCGCUUCCCUGCAUGCCGUCUCACUCCCCUGCAUGCCAUCUCGCUUCCCUGCAUGCCGUCUCACUCCCCUGCAUGCCAUCUCACUUCCCUGCAUGCCGUCACACUCCCCUGCAUGCCAUCUCACUUCCCUGCAUGCCGUCUCACUCCCCUGCAUGCCAUCUCGCUUCCCUGCAUGCCGUCUCACUCCCCUGCAUGCCAUCUCGCUUCCCUGCAUGCCGUCUCACUCCCCUGCAUGCCAUCUCGCUUCCCUGCAUGCCGUCUCACUCCCCUGCAUGCCAUCUCACUUCCCUGCAUGCCGUCUCACUCCCCUGCAUGCCAUCUCGCUCCCCUGCAUGCCGUCUCACUCCCCUGCAUGCCAUCUCGCUUCCCUGCAUGCCGUCUCACUCCCCUGCAUGCCAUCUCGCUUCCCUGCAUGCCGUCUCACUCCCCUGCAUGCCAUCUCGCUUCCCUGCAUGCCGUCUCACUCCCCUGCAUGCCAUCUCACUUCCCUGCAUGCCGUCUCACUCCCCUGCAUGCCAUCUUGCUUCCCUGCAUGCCGUCUCACUCCCCUGCAUGCCAUCUCGCUUCCCUGCAUGCCGUCUCACUCCCCUGCAUGCCAUCUCGCUUCCCUGCAUGCCGUCUCACUCCCCUGCAUGCCGUCUCACUCCCCUGCAUGCCGUCUCACUCCCCUGCAUGCCGUCUCACUCCCCUGCAUGCCGUCUCACUCCCCUGCAUGGUACCUCACCUUCUGCCGCACGCUCUGUUCUCCCACAUGUGCGCAUGGCAGGGGCGGGCACAACCCGUCGUACAUCUACCGCCUGGUGGCGGAGUACUACAGCCCGCACGACCACAACCUCUAGCCAUCGCCUCACAUCAUUAG